CCACAUCAAUUGUGAGAGCGGCAUAUAGUAGCUAGAACAAUUCUAAUAGUACGAGCCUUUGGAAGAUGCCCAAAAAUAAAGUCGUGUGAAUGAGGCUCAAAGCAGACAAUAGAUGAGCCUAGAAAGUGGUGGAUCGGACUUCUAGAAUGGGCUUAGGGGAGCCAGAUCACACACCAGGGCAGAAAACGACAUGCUAUACCUAGAAUAUAAUUAUAUAAGCAACCAGAGGAAGAACUACAACUACACUCCUCUGCCACCAACAAUUUUAGGAGACCGACAUAGAAAAACAAGCAGAAGGCACAUCAAAGAAGAACAAAAAAGAAGGUCCAUUCUAUAAGACUCCUUUAGCGAGAUCAACCAAACUUUUGCUUACGAAGUAUCCAUUACUCUCCAGAAAUUAUGAGCCAAGUUUAGUGAUCGACAAAGGUGGACUAUGAGAAUAGUUCUGUAAGAUCUUCUUUCCACCAAAUUCUUUUAGGCUUAAUGGGUGUGUACCAUACAGUCUCAAUGUUUUAACUCGACCGAUUCAUUCCUCCAAGUAUUCGAUAUGUUCCGAUUAGCUCUCAUACUGAGAUGAAGCCAAAAAAGGUAUAUAACGGAGGGUAAACUUGAAAUUACUAUUAAAGAUAAGUUUGCUAGUUUCUUUUAACCCUUAAAAAAUACAUUUGAUGUUCCUUUUAACCCCAUAUUAAUCCUCACGAGUGUGAAACGUCAUGAUUGUCGAUCCGUUAUAUACCGUUUUUUUGGUAUGAGGACUGAUCGGAACAAUAUCAGAUACUUGGAGGGCUGAAUCAGCCGAGUUAAAACAUUGAGACCAUAUCGAUACACACCCUAAACAUUAGGGUUAAAAGGGUAUUUAGCCAUUCUUUUAAUAGUACUGUAAUUAAUUACCACUGUGUAAUUGUGUUUUUCAAUUUUAACAUUACUUAUCACCACUUUUCAGUGUUAACAUGUAAAUUUAUUUGCAGAUAUGUGCUUGUACAUGUUGGUAUGGCAUAUGUUUAUGUGGUGUAACCAGACUAAGCUAAUUGGAGCAAAAAAAUGAAACCAAUGGAUUAGAAAAAAAUAUGUAUGAGUUUACACAGAGGCUCGUUGCUCGCAGGAGCUAGUUCUUGUCCAAUAAUAAAAGUGCAAACACUUUUAAUCCACCAAGAUUUUGCAUAUUCGUAUUUGAUCCUCAAUAAUUCUCUAGGGACCAUCUCCUUUUAUACUCAUAUUAUGCUGUGGUCUAAACUUUUAUCCAAGCCAUUUCUUAUAUGUAGUUGCUCUUUUCCUUUAUAGAAUAUCUACAACUUGUUGGAUCUUAAGAUUGAAAUGUUAGAGGGAUUAACUUUGGCACGCUGGAAUAUAGAAUCUUUAGGAUAUUAUAGGUUGUUGUAAUGUUUAAAGAUGAUUUUAUAGGAUGUUAAGAUUUUUGUAUAUAUGUGGUUCAUCUAUAUGUUUUUGGGCAGCCGGUCCAGAGCAUAGCAUACGAAUGUUACUGGCAUACGUCCAUUGGAAAAAAGCGUUGGAUGUGAAAAACCCUAGAAUGAAGCAAUUUUCCCCUAAAUGAUACUAUAACACCCCCUGCACAUACAUCAAAGACUCAAGCUUAAGCUGUUCAAAGCUUUUUUCCGCUGAAUGUAUACUACUAACAUACAUAUGUCAGAGACCUGGACCUAUGUUCUUAUCUCAGAAAUCAGUAAUUUUGGUUUUAACUUUCUGUACAGCUCUCUGUCUGCAGUAUUGGCACCUGUUAGAUGGUUUCCAGACAUUUUAUUGCUAUAUUGACUUUGGAAUUUUGAUUGAAACAUGAUAUAUCUGUCCUGGUUUAGAGCACGGUUUAAGAUUUUGAAUUUCUACAGAUUGAUGGGUGCAUGAUCAUUAGGUUAUUAAUUAAACUCGACUUCUUUGUUGCCUAAAGAUGAAAAAGAUAUUGAAUACCACAUCCAGUUACUCUUUCUGCUUGCUUCAGAGUUUGCAAGUGCUGAAGUUCUUACUUAUAUUGAAAAGUAUAUACACUGUUUUUUCUGCUCAAAAGUAAUUUCUAUGUCCAUAUUAUGCAUAACUGGCCUAUUGUGUAUAUGCAUUAAUGCAUAUGUGAGAUUCAGAUAUUCUGAUUCUUUAUAUGAGCUCAUUUAUGCUGAGGUAUAUACUUCUGGACACAACUUUUUUACUUGUUGAUUUUUCUUAUGAUCCGCAACUUGCAUAGAAACUGCUUUUUUAGCUGGUAUGUGAUAUUUUGCAGUACAGAAGCAAAAUUGCAUCAGUUUUGUCUUACCUGUCAUAAUCAUGUUAGCCGCUCAGCAAUUUGUCCUUUCUUCUUUCGAAUGCUUAUGGAUCCAAUCACCUGCACGAUAUCAUGGAAGGCUCAAGUCAAUUGAUCAAACUGCGAGAGAUAUUUUUAUAAGCACCACAAUAUGAAAGACUGUUGAGAUGAUGGUGCACAUGGAUUGUCCUGGAUGUGAAAACAAGAUCAGGAAAGCUCUUAGGAGGCUCGACGGAGUUGAUAAUAUUGAAAUAGACAUGGGCAUACAGAAAGUUACCGUGACUGGAUGGGCUGAUCUAGAGAAGGUCCUCAAGACUGCCAGAAGAAACGGAAGGCAAGCUGAGUUAUGGCCAGCUCCUGGUGAACCGGAGUUUGAAAACGUUGAUCAUUACUACAACACUGAUCAGUAUCAGUAUCAGUAUCAGCAUCAGCAUCAGAGCCAUCCUAGUGUUCAUACAUCAUCAGAGGAUGAAUAUAACUCCUCGUACAACUAUUAUGAGCAGUAUGGUCAUGAACACGGCUAUCGUUAUCAGCCAGCUCACACAACCAUAAUGGAUCGACAAGCCAGUGCCUACUUCAGUGAUGAAAAUACCAGUGCUUGUUCCAUUAUGUGAUGAUAUAGUAUCUGCAAUAGUCAUAUUGUAUCUUCAGUCAUUGUAUUCCUUUAAUACAAUUUGCUCUUUUCACUUGUCAAUUACAACUGCUUUAAGAUGCUAUUCUUUGAAUAAAACUGACACCAUGUUAAGUCAUAUAAGUUUGUGGGUAACUUCAAAUAUAAUGUGAUUUUCAGGAACUGAAUGUAACAU